ACGCAAGUGCCAUCCCUAUUUCAAAAUAAGUGUUUUCUUGUUGCCUGCGCGUGUUGCGAAUUUUGGGAGCAGCUUGAGCAAGAGCCAUAACGCAGGUUCAGUCCGAGAUCGGAGCAAUGUCCAACAACCUGCAGCCGCGUGUGGUGGACCUGGGCGUGGCGUGCCUGGUCUGCCUGGCGGAGGAGCCCGAGGCCAGCUCGAUCUAUGGCCACGACCCGGAGUCUCCUCAUAUGCUCAUCCUGGACAAGAUUCGCUGCUGCACCAGCCUGCAGCUGGACAGCAGCCCGUCGCAGCUGCAGCGCUUGCCGGACAAGAUCUGCAAGCAGUGCCAUCUGGAGUUGUCCGUCUCUUAUCGCUUUCACGAGAAAUGCACCGCUGUCCAGAAGCUAUUUCGCUCCGCCAGCCGCGCUACCUCGACCUCCGCCGUCUCCGGCACCGCAGCUGCUGCUGCUCCUGCUGCUGCUGCUGCUGCUCCUCCUGUCCCUCCGCUGGUCGAUAAGCAGCAGGAGCAGCUUAAGCAUGAUCUGGAACAGGCUCACGUUCGGCUGCCUGCAACACUGAAAAUAAGGAGGCUCAACGUGGAUCCCUGCUCUUCCAGUUCAGUAAGCGGUACAAUAACUACAAGCACGGAGCCCUCCGAGGAUGUCAAGGAGGAGAAGGCUGAUUCACUUUCCCUCAUACAAGAGGGAGCCAUGGCCUUAUCCCUGAAUGACUUGCAAGCGCCGGAUCCUAUUACUCAGCAGGCAGAAGAAAAGGACCCUGAAAGACAGCAGGAUGAGGAUGAGGGGCAGGCCAAGAUGCUGGGACUGGAUCCCUGGGAUGACGAAAACACGCCGGAGCAUCUAUACGAGAUCGAGACUCCGCUCAUCGAUGAGUCUGUGGUGGCCAGCCCGCCGUUGCCGUUGCCGCCGACUCCGCCCGCCAACCAUCAGAAAAAGCGCACCUACCGUCGCGCUUCGCCCAAUGUGAAGCAGGAAAAACUGCCGGUGACGGGGAACGUGGACGAUGAUUUCAAGGUCGGUUCCACGACCAAACGCCGCAACUCCGAACGCUCGCCAAAGAUCUGCGAGGUGUGCGGUAAUACAUACAAGUACCAGCACGCGCUAAAUGCCCACAUGCGACGUCACAACAACGAGCGGCCAUAUUCCUGCGAGGUUUGCCAGAAGGCGUUCAUCUCCAACGUUGAACUGCGACGCCACAUGCGCGUCCAUACCGGCCAGAAGCCCUACAGCUGUCGCCACUGCGAGCGUCGUUUCUCGGACUUCGGCAGCAGCAAGAAGCACGAGAGGAUCCACACCGGCGAGCGGCCGUAUGUGUGCGAGGUGUGCAAUAAGGGAUUCGCCUAUGCUCACGUUCUGUCCGCCCAUCGGCGGACGCACACCGGCAAGAAGCAGUUCCAGUGCACGCAGUGCGACAAGGGUUUCACCAAGAAGACCUAUCUGUCGGCUCAUAUGGAACAGCACCGUGGCUCGGGCAGCGGCGAGGCAUCGGUCUCAUCGUCAUCCGCGGAUGCAUCCAGUCGCAACAGGAGUGCCUCCGCACGGAAGGAGCCAGCGCGCAAGGAGGCAGCGCGCAAGCAACAGCAAAUCCCCGAGUCCUUCUCGCUGGACUCCGUAGAGCUGGAGCAGACGAAGGUUCUCGAGGAGUGCAUUGUGGCGAAUGACUUCAUGUUCAACGAGGAGGACAACGCGGAGCAGGAGGCCAAUCACCGCGAGGGGCUGCAGCAUGACGAUUCCUACCCGUACGUCGGUGGCUAUCAGAGCGUUGACUCUGUCAAGGAACUGGUCGGCGAUCUGCUGGACACCGAGGAGUUCUGUGACGAAUCCAAGUACAUGAUAGAAUAGUAUUACUACCGGGACAACUAACCGCACCACUAAGGGGCUGUCUUCACACAAGGAUGGCACCAAACUUCCCCACCCCGUACCAUUUAGACAACCAGGCUAAGAAGCGUAGCUCUAAGAAAUCGGUGUAAAUAAAAUGGAGAUACUCGGAUAGAAAGCUUACGAAA